AUGGCCGACUGGACCGACUGUCUGAAUUUCGCCAUCUCCAUCUCUAGACAGGCCAGUGAGGUAAGAGACAAACUGACCAAUCAGAGCGCUGCCCUCCGUCAGAAUCAGAACCAGAAUCAGAACCAGAAUCAGAACCAUUCAGUCUUUUAUUCUCAGACGUUUACCGACUGUUUCAGACGGUCAGGAUGAGGUCAGUUCAGAUCUCUGAUGAUGGAAGGAAACGUCUAUAUUUAUAUUAAAACACACACACAUGUAUAUAAACACACACACACACACACACGUGUUUAUAUUUAUAUAAAACACACACAUGUAUAUAAAUACAAACACACACACACACACGUGUAUACAUUUAUACACAUGUGUGUGUUUUUAUUGUUCCUGACGUCUCAGUUUCACUCAGAGGUGAAACACUGAGUUCAGGUGGAGUUCACUCUUUCACAAGACUCACAAAAACACACAAAACCAGAGCCAGAAAACACACACACACACACACUGAACUGAACAUGACCUCACACACACACACGCACACACACACACACCUUUAAGAUCUUCUUUAACCUGAUUGACUCUGUGUGUGUGUGUGUGUGUUAAUGUGUGUGUGUGUGUGUGUGUGUGUGUGUGUGUGUGUGUCUGUGUGUUUGUGUGUGUGUGUGUGUGUGUGUCUGUGUGUGUGUGUGUGUGUGUGUGUGUGUGUGUGUGUGUGUCUCUGUGUGUUAAUGUGUGUGUGUGUGUGUGUCUGUGUGUGUGUGUGUGUGUGUGUGUGUGUGUGUGUCUCUGUGUCCCUGUGUGUUAAUGUGUGUCUGUGUGUCUGUGUGCGUUGAUGUGUGCGUGUGUGUGUCCCUGUGUGUUAAUGUGUGUGUCCCUGUGUGUGUGUGUCUCUGUGUGUCUGUGUGUGUGUCCCUGUCUCUGUGUGUUAAUGUGUGUGUCUCUGUGUGUCCCUGUGUGUGUGUGUGUCUCUGUGUGUCUGUGUGUCUCUGUGUGUUAAUGUGUGUGUCUCUGUGUGUCCCUGUGUGUCUGUGUGUGUGUCUGUGCGUUAAUGUGUGUGUCUGUGUGUGUCUGUGUGUCCCUGUGUGUCUGUGUGUGUGUCUGUGUGUGUCUGUGUGUGUCUGUGUGUGUGUGUGUGUCUGUGUGUCUGUGUGCGUCCCUGUGUGUGUGUCUGUUCAGGUGGUCCUCCCGGCGUUCCAGCAGCAGAAGGACGUGGCGUUGAAAAGUUCUCCGGCUGAUUUAGUGACAGAAACCGACCAGCGGGUCGAGAGGAUCCUCAUCGCCGCCAUCAGGAACAAAUACCCCGCCCACAGGUUCCUCUGACCUCUGACCCGAGCCCCCCCCUCCCGUUGAUGACUUAUUGAUUUAUUUCAUUCGUUCAUCUGUUCAUUGAUUCAUUCAUUGAUCGGCUGAUUCGAUGACGGUCUAAACGAGCGAUUCUGAUUGGACGCCUGACUGUGACCCGCAGGUUCAUAGGGGAGGAGUCUGUGGCUGCAGGUGAGCCUCUGGAGCUGACUGACAGUCCCACCUGGAUCAUCGACCCCAUCGACGGGACCGUGAACUUCGUCCACAGGUAGAGGCUCCGCCCACUCUGUGAUGUCACUGACAGGUCAACCUGCUGAUCUUCGUUUUUCUUUCAAGGUUUCCUUUUGUGGCCGUCUCCAUCGCCUUCGCCGUCAACAAGCAGGUAAGGUCAGGGGUCAACAGGGGCUAAGGUCAGGCCCAAGGUCAAGGUCGGAUGUCAGGACAGGAAGUGAUGUCAUGUUGUUGUUGUUAUGGUCAGGUGGAGUUUGGCGUCGUUUACAGCUGCGUGGAGGACAAACUUUUUCACGCCCUGAGAGGACAGGGGGCGUACCUGAACGGAGCGCCGCUGCACGCCUCGGGACAGGAAGGUGACAUCGCUGUGACAUCAUGCUGUGACAUCACUGUGACAUCACUGUGACAUCACUGUGACGUGUAGCGGUGGUUUAUUCUUACCUGUCCUCUCUCGUCCAAUCAGAUAUCAGCAGGUGUGUGGUUGUGACAGAGAUCGGAGCGGAGCGGGAUGACCUCUCUCUUUCCACCAUGACCUCCAACAUCUUCAGGCUGCUCCAACUUCCUGUUCACGGGUCAGCACGCCAUCAGCACGCCAUCAGCUGUUUAUGAUGUUUUUUAACCCUUUGACUCUCGGCUCGAUUUCCUGUUUUUAGUUUUGAAGUUUCUCCUCGAUCCUUUUAAACACGUCUUAUUUCAGGACGACCUCGACUUCAGUGAUGUAAAUAAAAUAAAAUAAGUGACGGCAGAUUCAGAACAAAGUCCAACAGAAACUGAUCCAACAGAACUUUGUUGAAAAACAGAGACGAGUCUUUCCUCACCUGAACAUCAUCGUCUGUCUCCACAUAUUUACACUCGUUGUUGUUUCUCCGGGGCGCAGACGGACGACCACCUCAUCCUGCUCAGAAUCUCUUCUUCGCUUGUUUCCGAACAUUUAUGAUUCACAGACAAACAGGAAACUUUCUCGUCUCCAUGUAAUCGGUCAAAAAAAAAAAAGAGGUCAUGUCAGACCCUGAAGACAUCAGCGGGUUGUUUUAUGGGUUAAAACCACAGACUGUAUCUUUACUCUCGACUCCUCGGUUCCUCCGCUUUAAAGAUCUGAAGAGUUUCAGGAGAGUCUCUGUGAUGAUGCUCGGCUCAAACAGCGUAUCCCCCUGUGAUCUCCUCAAUCCCUGUCCUCCCAUUGGCUGUAUCAAGUGUCAAUCAUAGAAAACAUGAACCCCCUAAUAACUUUUAAAAAUGGAGCUGUACAGAAAAAAGAGGACUUGAGCACAAACCAGUCUGACAGUAACUACAUGUCAACAUCACAACCAGGGGGGAGAAACAUUUAGAUUCUGUGUCAUUCAUUUAUAAAGUUUGUCCACAGCUCCAUAAGGAGGCGGGGUUUAUGACCUAUACUGCAGCCCAUCACCAGAGGGCGCUGUUCUCAGAGAGAGGAGACAGACAGCGUCUAUUUUAGAUCCAGUCUCUGAUUAAAACAGACUGUUGACAGACUGUUUACAGACUGUUGUGUUCUCAUCUCUGUGUGUUUACUUUCUUGUGUGUAGUGGUUUUUGUGUAUCUUCGUCAUGCACCUGUUUGUUGUCUGUGUGUUACAGUGUCCGUGCGUUGGGCACGGCGGCGGUGGAUAUGUGUCAGGUGGCGACGGGCGGGGCCGACGCCUACUACCACAUUGGGAUGCACUGCUGGGACAUUGCUGCGUCAGCACUUAUUGUCCAGGAAGCUGGAGGUGUUGUCAUGGAUACGAACGGUCUGUAUCUGAUGGAUGAUGUCAUGUGGUACCUGGGGUCACCUGUGGGGUCGUGGUCUUCUCUAAUUGGUGGGUGUGUCCUCAGGCUCGGAGUUCGACAUGAUGUCCAGGAGGGUCAUCGCGGCGAGCUCUCUGUCUGUGGCGAAUAGCAUCGCUCAGGUGAUUCAGGCCUUUCCCUGUCGCCGUGACGACGAGGCCCCCUGCAGGUGUGUGUGUGGAGCAGCAGGUGUGAACAGCGUGUAGGUCGGCGACAGGAAGUGUGUGGAGGUCACUCCCAGGAAGUCUGACAAGAAUUUAAGACAAUAAAAUAUCUAAAGACAAACGACGUGAACUGAGUGUUUUAUUUUCUUAUCAUGAGCUACAAAAUACAAAUGAAUACAUACAUGAGCAUGCUAAGCUAACAGACGGUUAGCCUCGUAUCAUUAGCAUUAUGUAUUUUAGUUUCAUAAGCUAAGCUAACGUUAGCAUUUUGCUCCGUCAAAGAUUUGAUGAAGAACAAAAACUCAAAUUUAACCUGAAGGUUCACGGGACUAAUGAGGGACAUGAGACUAAUGAGGGACAUGAGACUAAUGAGGGACAUGAGACUAAUGAGGGACAUAAGACUAAUGAGGGACAUGAUUAAUGAGGGACAUGAGACUAAUGAGGGACAUGAGACUAAUGAGGGACAUGAUUAAUGAGGGACAUGAUUAAUGAGGGACAUGAGACUAAUGAGGGACAUGAUUAAUGAGGGACAUGAGACUAAUGAGGGACAUGAGACUAAUGAGGGACAUGAGACUAAUGAGGGACAUAAGACUAAUGAGGGACAUGAUUAAUGAGGGACAUCAGACUAAUGAGGGACAUGAUUAAUGAGGGACAUGAGACUAAUGAGGGACAUGAUUAAUGAGGGACAUGAGACUAAUGAGGGACAUGAUUAAUGAGGGACAUGAGACUAAUGAGGGACAUGAUUAAUGAGGGACAUGAGACUAAUGAGGGACAUGAGACUAAUGAGGGACAUGAGACUAAUGAGGGACAUGAGACUAAUGAGGGACAUGAGACUAAUGAGGGACAUAAGACUAAUGAGGGACAUGAGACUAAUGAGGGACAUGAGACUAAUGAGGGACAUGAUUAAUGAGGGACAUGAGACUAAUGAGGGACAUAAGACUAAUGAGGGACAUGAGACUAAUGAGGGACAUAAGACUAAUGAGGGACAUCGGACUAAUGAGGGACAUGAGACUAAUGAGGGACAUGAUUAAUGAGGGACAUCGGACUAAUGAGAGACAUGAUUAAUGAGGGACAUGAGACUAAUGAGGGACAUAAGACUAAUGAGGGACAUCGGACUAAUGAGGGACAUGAUUAAUGAGGGACAUGAGACUAAUGAGGGACAUGAUUAAUGAGGGACAUCGGACUAAUGAGGGACAUGAGACUAAUGAGGGACAUAAGACUAAUGAGGGACAUGAGACUAAUGAGGGACAUGAUUAAUGAGGGACAUGAUUAAUGAGGGACAUAAGACUAAUGAGGGACAUGAGACUAAUGAGGGACAUGAUUAAUGAGGGACAUAAGACUAAUGAGGGACAUGAGACUAAUGAGGGACAUGAUUAAUGAGGGACAUGAUUAAUGAGGGACAUAAGACUAAUGAGGGACAUGAGACUAAUGAGGGACAUGAUUAAUGAGGGACAUGAGACUAAUGAGGGACAUGAGACUAAUGAGGGACAUAAGACUAAUGAGGGACAUGAUUAAUGAGGGACAUGAGACUAAUGAGGGACAUAAGACUAAUGAGGGACAUAAGACUAAUGAGGGACAUGAUUAAUGAGGGACAUGAGACUAAUGAGGGACAUGAGACUAAUGAGGGACAUGAUUAAUGAGGGAGAUGAUUAAUGAGGGACAUCAGACUGAUUUUAAUUUUAAUGUAAUUUUUUUAUUUGUCUGCCAAUUUCCUGUUCCACACUCCAGUCCAGUAGGUGGCGGUAUUGCACCUUUGCGUUGGUCUGCUAACCGCCGAUAAACUCCACUGUAGAAGAAGAAGAACGAACCCGGAAAUGCGGAGGAGCCGGUGACCCGCAGCAGCAGCAGCUUCAGCGUCUCGAGUUCAGGUGAGAUUUACCUGAAGAACCUCUAAAUGUGCUUUUAUCAGCUGUUAUCAGCUGUUAGUGUGUUUGUUCGUCUGUCAGACUGAGUAUCAGAGAAGUUUGUGUUCAUGGAGGAACCGAGUCUGAGAGCACACACACACACACACACACACACGUAUAUAUAUACGUGUGUGUGUGUGUGUCCUAUGUUUUUAUUUUUUCGUGCCUAACUUUGAUAUUUUCAUCACAGUAUAAAUGACGUUUUUUUAAAACUAUUCUUUGAGUUUUUUUUAAUUAAAAUUUGUCAUUUUUACUUCACUGUGAAUUUUUUUAGAUCUAAAUUAUGAACACACUUAACUGUGACAUUUUUUAACAUACUUUAUUUUUUCAUGCUAAAAUUUGAAAUUAUUAUCAUAGUAUGUUAUGAUAUUUUAUAUACUAUACUGUGACAUGUUUAUACUCAAAUCUGACAUUUAUAUUAUACUUUUACAGUUUUUCCAGUUGGUCAAAUUUGCAAAUUUCAUUUUUUUUCAUUUUUCGUCGUACUACACCUCAACAUUUUUAUCAAACCUUCCUGUGAUAUUUUUAUCCUACUGCACUAUAAAUGCCUUUUUGUUCAAAUUUGAAUUUUAACUCAGUUUACCAUGAAUUUUUUGAUGCUUAAAUUUGAAAAACUUCUAAAAUAGUAUGACAUUUUUUUAAUAUAAUACUGUAACAGUUUUAUCAUAUGAUACUAUGACUUUUUUUGACAUACUAUUCUAUAAAUUUACUUAAAUCUAUUUUUCAUCUUGACAUUUGAUUUUUUUAUCAUAGUAUACUUUGACAUUUUAAUAAUACUGUACUUUUACAUUUUUAACAUAAUAAACUGUGACCUUUUUUAUACUAAAUUUGAAUUUUUUUAUUAAACCAUGACAUUUUAUCGUCAUACUUCACUUAUCAUACUUCACAAAUCAUAGUUGAGUUUGAUAUUCAAAUCAAAUAGUUCACAAUGACAUUUUUUUGGCUUAUGAUACUUUUUUUCCACAUACUUUACCGUGACCUUUUUUUUUAUUCAUACUAUACCUGACCAGGAUUCGAACCCAGGACCUUCUUGCUGUGAGGCGACACUGUAAAUCAUUACACCCCCAUGCCACCCAUGUGGAUAUUGGUCCAUUUUUAUUUAUUUUUAGAAAAUAUUUAAAUUAAAAAUUAAGCACAUUUUUCUUUCAUUAACACCUAAUCCCCAAAACAAAAACAGACUCCAAUGUAAUCACAGCACAGUCCUGCAAAAACAAGUCAAGGAUCAGAGUGUUCGAACCGUACGCACACAGACAUAUCACAUACAGAAACAAUACAGACAAUAGAGGCUCCAGAAUAUAAUCAGAAAAUAGACUCCAUACACAACAGACUUUUAUCAUUUUAUUAACGUAAUAACAUUUGAGUUUUUUAUAGUAUAUUAUAUUUAUAUUUACUGAUAUUUACUUAGUCAAAUUUAAAAAUUUCUAUCAAAGCUUUUUAUGACAUUUUUUGUCGUAACUUUACGAUGACUUUUUUAAAUCAUACUUUACUAUAUUUUCUUUUUGCUAAAAUUUAAAUUUAACAGUUUACUAGGAAUUUUUUUUCAUUCUUAAUACUUGAAAUAAUUAUUACAGUAUACUAUGACAUUUUUAUAACACUUAACUUUUUUAACAGAAGUUUUUUUUAUCAUAUUCGUUUAUAUAUUUUUUCAUACUAUACUAUGACAUUUAUCAUACUACACUGAUAUUUUUAUAAUACUUUACUAUGAUUUUUUUUGCUAAAAUGUAAAUUUUACAUUAUUAUCUGUAACAUUUUUUAUACAGAAAUUUGAAUUAUUGUAUAGUAUGACAUUUUUAAUCAUAAAAUAAUUUUAUCAUACUAUACUUUGAAAAUCUUUUACUAUACUGUAUUGUUUUUUCAUUUUUUUUAUCAUACUAAGAUAUGACUUUUUUUCAAACUAAUUGAAUUUUUGUCAUACUAUACUGUAUCAUUUAUUUCAUGGUAUACUUAAAUAGUUUUUUACAUUUUUAUCAGAGUAAACUGAUAUUUUUUAUCAUAAUAAACCAUGAAUUUUUUAACAUAGUAUACAGUGACAUUUUUGAAAUACUAAAAUUGAAAUCUUUAUCAUACUAUACUUUUUUUUGUUAUUGCCAAACUAUACUAUUUCAUUUUUAUCAUACUAUACAAUUAUAGUUUAAUCAUACUAUACAAUGGCUUUUUUUAAACAUACCCAAAUUUUGAAUUAUUUUUAUAAUAGUAAACUAUGAGAAUUUUUAAUGAUACUGUACUUUGAUAUUAUUAUCAUUAUUUUUAAUGCUCAAAUUUAAUUUUUUUUAAUCAGAGUCUUUAAUGACAUUUCUGUCAUACUUGACGAGGACAUUUUUAAUACUAAAAUUAUUUUUUUUAUCAUACUAUAAUAUUUUUAUCUUACUAUACUAUGAGUGUUUUUUUAACAUACUAAAAUUGGAUUUUUUUGUCAUACUAUGCAAUGACCUUUUUUAUUAUACUAUACUAUGAUAUGUUUUAUAAUUUAUUUCAUGCUAAAAUUUCACAUUUUUAACACAGUAUACGAGGAAAUUUUCUGUCAUACUAAACUAUUUUAAUUUUAUCAUAUUUUACUUUGACGUUUUUGAAAUACCAAAUUUUUUUACUAUUUAUAUUACAGUAAACUAUGAGAAAUUUUGAUCAUACUUUUAUGUGACAUUUUCACCUUAAUCAACAAUUUAACAAAGUUUUUAUCAGUAUUUAAUGAAAUUUUUGUCAAACUAUACUUUGAUAUUUUUAUACUAAAAUUAUUAUUUUUUUAUCUUACUUUACUAUGACUAUUUUUAAAUAGUUUUAUAGUUUUCUGUGACAUUUUUAAAAGACAAUACAUUUUUCUAUUACAUACUAAACUAUGACAUUUUUUCACAUGGUUAACUUUGAUAUUUUUAUGAAAGUAUAAUUUGAACAUUUAUCAUACUAUAAAAUGACAUUUUGGUCAGGCUUACAUUUGAAAUUCUUAUCAUGGUAUACCAUGACAUUUUUAUCAACUAUACUUUUACUUUUUUAUCAAUUUUUCAUACCUUAAUAUGACUUUUAUAUCAUACUAUACUUUUUGAAAAUUUCCAUCCUAUAAUGUGAAACUUUUUUCAUCCUAUACUAUGACAUAUUGUUCUAUAUAAUACUACGACUUAUUAUAAUACUAUUCUAUAACAUUUUUUAGACACUUAACUUUUACAUUCUUAUUAUACUAUAACAUGUAUUUCCAUGUUUUUCAUACUGAAAUGUUAAAUUCUAUCAUAAUAUACUGACAUUUUCAUCAGUCAUACUGAAAUUCAAAGUUUUUAUUAUAGUUUAAUAUGAAUAUUUUUUAAUGAUACUAUACUCAUAUUUGUUUAAUAUUCUAUACUAUAAUAUUUUGCUGAACAAAAAUUUCAAAUGGUUUCAUAUUAGAAUGACAUUUUUAUCACUUUUUUCACACUUAAAUAUAAAAGUUUAUCAUGGUAUACUAUGACUUUUUUUUUUUUUUAAUCAAAUUAAACUGAAACAUUUUUUUCAUACUUUAUUUUAAUCACCGAACCGGGACACAAACCCAGGAGCUUCAUGUUGUGAGGCUAAAGUGCCGUCCAGGUCGCAGGAGAUCCUUUUAUAAAACUAUAACAGGAUUUUAUUAACAUACUUUACCAUGAUCUUUAUCAUACUAUACUAUCAUAUUUUUAUCAUACUAUACUAUCAUAUCUUUAUCAUACUAUACUAUCAUAUUUUUAUCAUACUAUACUAUCAUAUUUUUAUCAUACUAUACUAUCAUAUUUUUAUCAUACUAUACUAUCAUAUUUUUAUCAUACUAUACUAUAUUUUUAAUACUUUAUAAUGAAGUUUUUAUCAUACUAUAUUGUGACAUUUUUUUCAAACUAUACUAUCACAUAAUUCUAUUAAUCGAUGAUCAUUUUAUCAUUCUCAGUUUUUAUUAUACUUUAGUUUUAUGUUUACAUACUAUAGUAGGACGUUUGUAUCACACUAUUCUAUGAUAUUUGUAUGAUCAUUUAUAAAACUUCAAUAUUGAUCUGUUGACAUGUUUUCAUACUAAAAUAUCAUCAUUUAUCUUCACCAUGUUUUUUUAGACUGUACUCUGAUAUUUUUAUUCUUUACAGUGAUUUUUUAAAAAUUCUGUUCUCGGACUUUUUCUCCGUUCGGAGGUUAAAUAAGGAUUUAAAAAAACUCGCUCACUCUCUGUUUCCAGACCUUUUACGGCGCCGAUCCUUCAACAUGGCAGACCUCUGGCAGAACGCCAUGGACCACGCUGUGAGCGCCGCACGCAAGGCUGGAGAGGUCAGUGUGUGUAUGUGCGUGCGUGUGUGUCUGUGUGGUUCAAGUGCUGAUCAUGUGUGUGUGUGUUGUGUGUGUGUUGUGGUCAGGUGGUGCGGGAGGCCCUGCAGGCUGACAGGAAGGUGAUGACGAAAAGUUCGUCUGUUGACCUGGUAACUCAGACGGACCAGAAAGUGGAGAGGCUGAUCAUCCAAUCAGUGAAGGAGAAAUUCCCCUCGCACAGGUAAGAGGGUCUGAUGAAUAACACACACACACGCACACACACACACACAGGUAAAGAGCUGUGUGUGUGUGUGUGUGUGUGUGUGUGUGUGUCAGGUUCAUAGGGGAGGAGUCUGUCGCUGCAGGUGAGCCGUGUGUUCUGACUGACGAGCCCACCUGGAUCAUCGACCCGAUCGACGGGACCACCAACUUCGUUCACGCGUGAGUUUCUCUGAUGACAUCAUCACCGACUAAACGAGAAAAGAAAAAAAAACACGAUUAAAGGGACAGUUCACACAAUAAAACACACAAUAAAACACACAAAUACACAAUAAAACACACACAAACACACACAAACACAAAUAAAGGUGAUUAUUAAUAGAAAUAUUGACAUUAACUUUGACAUUCUGACUCGUCUCUAAAUGUAAUUAAACAUAAUUAUUAUUACUGUCAUCGUUUUCAGUUUAAUUAGUGUGAUUAUUGAUCGUUCUGACGGACUCACUCUGACCGGGUCUGAAUAUCUUUAUCGGGUUUUUCACAGAUUUCCUUUCGUCGCCGUUUCUAUCGGAUUCUCUGUCAACAAACAGGCGAGUCUCCUCCACACACACACACACACUCACACACACAGACACACACACUCACACACACACACUCACACUCACACACUCACAGACACACACACACUCAUAUAUAAACUGUAGCUUUAUACAGUCAUAACACUAAACACUGUUUAUUCUCUUCAUGUUCAGAGUUGAUCAAUGAAAACUUAUUGGUUCCAUAUUGACACGUUCAGACUGCAGUAUAUCGGACUCUUGUUUUACUCUGUCUAUAUAAAUACACAGAAGUACGUACAUGUGUGUGUAAUUGUGAGGCGGACUGUGUAGAUGGAGUUCGGCGUGGUCUACAGCUGUCUGGAGGAUAAGAUGUUCACGGCGAGGAGGGGGAGGGGAGCGUUCUGUAACGGUCAGCCUCUGCAGGUUUCUGAUCAGAAAGGUCAAUUAUCUGAACACUGAUCAAUAACUUAUUACAGUGACCAAAGUACAUACCUACAUGAUGUCAUCUUCCUCACAUCCAAUCAGAAAGAAGCUCAUGACUGACUCCUCCUCUCUAAUAGACAUCAGCCAAUCGAUGAUCGCCACAGAGUUCGGAUCGUCCAGAGAGCCGGAAACCGUCGACCACAUCAUGGCGAGCCUGAAGAACGUCCUGACCAUCCCAGUACACGGGUAACACUUCGAAUACUGCGACAAAAUACUGCGACAAAAUACUGCGACAAAAUACUGCGACAACUCUAAAAGUGUAUGACAAAAAUAUUUGAAUAAAAGUGCUCAUACUUUUAUAAAACCUGGAGUAAACUUAAAAUACUUAUUAAAAAAAUAUUUAUUAUUGAUAUGAAGUUUUACUUUGACCUCAAAUAAAAAAAAAAAAAACAGGAAAACGACUGAAAAUACGACAAAAACAAGAACAGAGACGUUAGAAAAACUGAAACUAAAUAUUGAAGUUUAACAAAUAUUGUCUGAAUGUGUGUGUGUGUGUGUGUGUGUGUGUGUGUGUGUGUGCGUCAGCGUGCGUGAAGCAGGAACGGCGGCCGUGAACAUGUGUCUGGUGGCGUCCGGUUGCGUUGAGGCGUACUAUGAGAUCGGGAUCCAUGUUUGGGACGUCGCUGCAGGUUCACUGAUCGUCUCCGAGGCCGGAGGAGUCCUGAUGGACGUGGACGGUAACCAUGACGAUGAUAGGAGGGACUCAGGGCCUGGGGGGGGGUUUGGCGUGUUCGGUCUCAGACGUCUGAUCGGUCUGUUUUCAGGUGGCGAGGUGGAUCUGAUGUCCAGGAGAGUCGUCGCCGCUAACAACCGAAUCAUCGCCGAACGAAUCGUUAAAGAGAUCGACGCCUUCAGUCCUCCGAGAGACGACGCCCCGCCCCCCACAGAGUGA